AUUUUAAGGCCCAAUGAGAACUGGACAUUGCACCUUCAUUCAUGUGAUCGUGAAACGAAGCGAAUGACAGGAGAGAAGAAGGUGAUAGAUACUACCGUCUACAUCGAACCCAGUGGCCACUUACGAGAUCAACGGUGUCAAUAACCAUCUCAGAUCAGAAUCUGGAUUUCAAUUUGUUGGAGAUCCGAAAUGACGGAUCCCAGUCUGGAGUUGCAGGAGUCAGGUUGGGAGGAAUUGAGGAGAGAGGCUAGGAAGCUCGAAGGAGAUCUGGACGUUAAGCUCUCCUCUUAUGCCAAGCUUGGAGCUAGGUUCAACCAAGGAGGUUAUGUAGAUAGUGGUUCACCAACUGUUGGAUCCAGCAGGUCAUGGAAGUCCAUGGAAAUGGAAAUCCACUCAUUGCUUGAAAAGCUACUUGAUACAAAUGACGCUAUGAGUAGAUGUGCUGCUUCUGCUGCACCAACUACCUCAGUUACUCAAAAGCUAGCAAGGCACAGAGACAUACUUCAUGAUUUCACCCAGGAGUUUAGACGAAUCAAGGGAAACAUAAACUCAAUGAGGGAACAUGCAGAACUUUUGAGUUCAGUCAGAGAUGAUAUUAGCGAGUACAAGGCAUCUGGUAGUAUGUCUCCAAGAAUGCAGUUACUUCGGGAGAGAGCUGCCAUACAUGGAAGCAUUGCCCAUAUAGAUGAUGUCAUCACUCAAGCUCAAACAACAAGAGCUGUCUUAGGUUCUCAAAGGGCUUUGUUUGGAGAUGUUCAAGGAAAAGUGAAGCUUCUAAGUGAAAAGUUUCCUAUUAUCCGUGGCCUGCUUGGUUCUAUCAGGAGACGGAGAUCAAGAGACACCCUCAUUCUCUCUGCUGUCAUUGCAGCUUGUACGUUGUUUCUUAUUAUCUACUGGCUCUCAAAAUGACCUGUGAUUUAUUGUGACAGAAAUUACAAAAUGAUAGUCUUCAAAGGAAUUUUUUUCUGUAAUAUGUUAGGAUGGAUCAGGUUCUCUGUACCAAAACCUGUGGUGCCAUCACGGUGGCGUUAUGCAACAAGCAUAUCAUUUUUUUUAAUGAAAUUUUUGUUGCUAAUA